GAAUGUACCUAAGACAUGUACUAGGAACUGUAGGCAGUUAGGUAUAUUUGUUAUGACGCGGAGUUUCCGAGGCUAUAUUACAAUGUAUAAUCAAAAUUGUGUGCAGCAUACAGGUAACAUCAUCAGGAUCACGGUUGGAAGGAGCGAGGAGGAUGCUGCCUUCAAUAUUACUAGAUUUGACCAUGCUGGCGAUAAUAAGGAAAACAUCUUCAAGAAAUAAGAAUUAGUCAUAGAGUUAACUUCUCUAGAAUUGUUUAAAAGGUACCACCAAAUACAUGCAGACGAUAUUAUGAUGCGGUCAUGUCAUGGUUGUCGCCAUGUUGAUAAAAAACAAAACAAAAACAAAACAAAAGCAAAACAGAAACACAGUAAACAAAAUGAAUACCGCAACUUAAAAGUUAAUGUUUCUUAACCGUCAUGUCACGCUUGAGAGGGUUAAGUUCAAGACGUGUUUUCACAACUCAGGGCCCCGAAACCUUAUCAUAAACGCCCUGAAUAGGUACAUGUCAUUCGUAGGUUUGGUUUGGCAGACAGAAAGCUAAAUAUAGGAAAUCUGGACCUUACGUUUAUGUUGUUUUCAUCUCUCAGAUUUAGCAAAUCUGGACCUCUCUCUCCUUUCUAUUGCUGUUACGUCUUUACUUAUAUAACAGUUCAUGGUUAUUUUCACCAUGUUACAUAUUUUACACCUUGAAUCAGUGCUGUCACACUGGACAAAAAUAAAAUGUAAAGUUUGUGACAACUGCUUGUGUCAAACUUUAAUCGUUAUGAAACGAUCGCUCAAUGAAAACUGGAGCGUGAGUCCCAGAAUGUACGGUUGUUUGAGCGGGAAAAUGUUGGGGGUUAUCUCCACGCCAUACUGUUAAAUACUGGUGCAGGGUGCAGUCGGUCGCAUUGAAACAGUGAAACCGCCCUGGCUUUGAAGGCAGACUUUCCGUCUGAAGGUGUACAAUGGCAGACAGUGAAAAGACACCAUUGUUGGCGUCCCAGGACAACGGUUCUUCGGCGCAGUAUUCUAUAGGAGAUGUGUCAAAUGUACUGGGUGGCAGGGGCUACACUGAGAAUGGGAACCAGGCAAGUGAGAACAAUUGUAAAGUGACUGUGGCCCGUUCUCAAAGCACCAGUGGCGUGGAUCCCUCUCUACAGAUCGCUCUCAGCUGGCACGGGGUGAACGUCUCUGUGGACAUCCCUGGAAAGAAAGCAGGCUGUUGUGGAGGGGGGGAAGUGGUCCCACCUGAAACCAAGGAAAUUCUUAGAGAUGUUACCGGCAUCGCAAAACCUGGCAGCUUAUUAGCUAUCAUGGGAGCCAGUGGUGCCGGAAAAUCCACCCUGCUCAACGUGUUGACACAAAGAAAUAUCAAAGGCUACAAUGUGACUGGCGAUAUACGACUCAAUGGCUGGAACAUGGGAGAAGGAAUCCGCCAUGUGUCAGCCUACGUCCAGCAAGACGACCUGUUCAUCGGGACACUUACCGUGAGGGAACAACUGCAGUUCAGGGCACUGUUGCGAAUGGACAGACGGUUGGACAAGCGAGCUCGAUUGGGAAGAGUGGAGGACGUCAUUACUGAGAUGGGUCUCACGAAGUGCGCUGACACUCGCAUAGGUGCUGCAGGGGGUACCAAUAAAGGUAUCUCUGGUGGUGAGAGGAAGCGACUGUCCUUCGCCUCUGAGGCAUUGACCAACCCACCCAUCUUCUUCUGUGACGAACCGACCUCAGGCCUAGACACCUUCAUGGCCCAGAACAUCGUGCAGACACUGCAGAAAAUGGCCUCCAGAGGACGAGCGAUUCUAUGCACCAUUCACCAGCCUUCAUCGGAGCUGUAUAGUAUGUUUAAUCAGAUUCUUCUCUUGGCUGAAGGCAGGACAGCGUUCCUGGGGGAGCCGAAUGCAGCGAUGGAGUUCUUUGAAAAGAUGCAGAGUCCAUGUCCCCGAAACUUCAAUCCUGCAGACCACUACAUCCUCACGCUUGCUAUUGUUCCUGGCAAGGAGGAAGAAUGUCGGGAGAGAACAAGGGCCAUCUGCGACGCAUUCUCGGACUCGGAGGGAGCCGCACAGAUAACUGAAGAAGUUAGAGACCUGGAGGAGAGGGCGAGAACCAUCAGACAUGAUCCUAUUUUGGACGAAGCAUCUGCUGGGGAGUCCAGAUACGCGUCUUCUUGGUUCACCCAGUUCCGAUACCUGUUCUGGAGAAGUUGGAUUAACACUUUCAGAGACGUCAUUCUGUUUCGUGUUAGGAUCAUGCAAACAUUUACGGUAGCAGUGAUCCUGGGACUCGUUUACCUGCAGCUAGACAUCAGCCAGAAAGGUGUCCAGGACAUCAACGGCGCCAUCUUUCUUCUCAUCACCAACACGUCUUUCUCCAACAUGUUUGCAGUCGUCAAUUCGUUUCCCUUGGAGCUUGGCAUCUUCAUUCGAGAGUACGGGACGGGCUUGUACAGAGUCGAUACCUACUACCUCACAAAGACAUUUUCUGAGAUGCCGUUGUUUAUUGUGAUCAGCGUGAUUUUCACAGCAGUGACAUAUUGGAUGAUGGGUCUUCAUGAGACCCUUAACGCUUUUCUGGUGGCCACUGCAGUCCUUCUGCUCACAGCUAACAUAGCCGUAUCCUUAGGCUAUCUCAUCUCCACGGCCUGUGGAUCAGUGACCAUUGCCCUGGCAGUGGCGCCACCGCUACUCAUCCCCUUCAUGCUCUUUGGAGGGCUCUUUGUCAACAACGACAACAUCCCCGUGUACUUCAUAUGGCUGGAAUACUUGUCUUGGUUCAAGUUCUCCAACGAGGUGUUAGUGAUAAACCAGUGGCAAGACAUUGACUACAUCCCUUGCCCUAAUCAGACAGUACCCACCAACGCUACUGCAAUCCCUCCAUUUGGUCCACGUUGCGCGUUCAGAUCUGGGGAUGACGUCAUCAACUAUUUGAGCUUUGAUAAGGAUAAUGUCUGGCGAGAUAUCGGAAUCAUGUUUGCUUUGAUGGUUGGCUUCCGCAUCUUGUCCUUUCUUGUUCUUGUCUUGAGAGCCAAGAGAUCAAAAGGUUAAAGGUCAACUUAAAGACAACAAGCCACACUGAAUAUUGUUUUAACUAAAGUUGUUGCACAAGUAUACAAAUGUGUACAUUACUGUUAAAUCUUUGCUAUGGAUUAUUUCUUUGAUGAAGCCAUACUACAUUGCUACAUUAAGUAUUACAGGAGUACUAAAUUAGCUGUUUUGUUUUCUUAUCUUUAUAGUACACGUAGCUAGAAGAAUCUUAUAUGUUCACAAUUUUUUAUUUAUUGGUUGUACUCCUCUGAGUAUUAAGAGUUUGAUGAUUUUAAUAAUUCGGAUGGUGCAUAGGCCAUCUGCAAAUCUCAAUGGGAUGUCUUGACAAAACAUAAAUACCUUUCUUUAAAAGUAUGUUAUAUAUAUAACAUAGAAUUGUGCGAAAAAGUGGAGAAAAGCUAUUCGACAAUCGUGUCUAUUCUAGAGAGCGGUAUUGUUUACUUCAAUUGUCGAUGGGCCCCACAAACCUUCAUACCAAUGCAUUUUUUGUUAUAUGUAACAGUGUACAGUAUCUGAAUGUGCAAUGUCUUUGUUGGUAAAAGGAAUAAAGCGGGCAGUUUUUUUUAAACAAAGGAGUAACAUAUUCAUGGCUGAAUUUACUCAAAUGUAAUAUUAUACACUCCCUUGCUAUGUAUCUUUUCUGAACGUUUUAAUUAGGCCUUGACAACCUUAACAUCACACGUUUUAAAUGCCAAAACUGAAGUGUGCUAAAAGUGGAUUUGAUAAUGAUUAAAUAUACUUUGUUAAAUAUCUCCGGAGAGACUGUUGAAACGUUACAAUUUUUAACGUUAUUUAUUUGAUAUAUGGAUUAUGUUUCAUUGUUCACGUGAAUAUAACUGCAUGCAUUGUUCUUUA